AACUUACCACUAAACUCCCAUCGGCGAUGGCUUCAGCACCUUCAAGUCCUGGCUCGAGCCCAGAAAACGUACAGGACAAGCUACCAGAAGCUCAGGAGAAAUCUUCGGGUUCAACUUCAGGGAAAGAGGAACAGCUCGCCAACGACACCAAGGAACGUACUACCGACAGCUCUGGUUCCAGCCCUGCACCAUCCUUCGCAGCACCAGCUUCAAGCUCUACGCCAUGGCAAGCCAUAUAUUCACCAGAGUAUAAUGCGUACUACUUUUACAAUUCCGAGACGCAACAGACGACGUGGGAGAAUCCUCUCGUUCCUUCAUCGUCCACGCCGACCGACCCCUCAUCGUCAGCUUCUACGGAAUAUUCGAUAACCAAUGCGGAGCCCUCUUCCUCUUCUUCCAUUUGCUCUACCUCCAGUCCUGCAUCUUCGUACAACGCAUUGGAAGCUGCCGCCAUUGCACAAGGCAUUGACCCUUCUCUUGCUUACCUCGAUCCUUCACUAGUCGCCACUGGUCCAGGGGCAGGGAUAUCUACGGCUCGGUUCAAUGCUAGAACAGGCCAAUUCGCGCGUGCCGACGCGAGGGAUCCGUCACAUUUGUCCGAAUAUGAGAGGAUGAAGAGGAUGAGCGAAUUCUACUUUGACGUAAAUGCUUGGGAGAAGCAGAAAAUUGAGGAUCAAGAUGAAGAAGAUGAAGCAGGUGGUGGUAAGAAAAGAAAAAGGCCCAGUAAGAAGGAUGUGGAGCGAUUUAAGGAGCAGAAGAGACUCAAAAAGAUCGCGAAGACAGCCUGGCUCAGGACGUGAACUAUCUAGUGCUCUUCUCCUCUUUACCAUGUAUCCAUAAAUACCACUUCCAUAACGAAGAUAAUCUUUUUUCAAAAACCC